CUUCUGUGGCUCUGCUCUCACCGUCUUCUUCAGCCUCUCGUCUUCCCAACAUAGACCAAAUCGUCGUAAACCGCCGCCGCCGCCGCCGCUUCUCUAGGUUGUCGGUGUAAUCAAUCUUUUUGUUGAUUCAGAUACUACAUUGUAUUGUAUAGGCUGAAAAGAGUAAGGGGUAGUUUACUAUCUUCGAAUUCUCGUGCUCUUCUUUAAUGGCAACUUCGAUUAUGCCUGCCGCUGGAACAAAAAUGGCACUUUUCGCAUUUAGUUAUCGAGGAUCACUGCAAGAGAGGACAGGGAGCUUAUUUCAUGUCUGCAGUGAUGGAAAUUUGAGAUCGAAUUUGAAGUCUCGUAAUAGUAGGACAAAGCGGUUUAUUACCAAUGCAGUUGCAACAAAGCAAGAGAAAGGAGCAGCUGCCACUGCAUCAAAACCUGGGCAUGAGCUUUUGCUUUUCGAAGCUCUCCAGGAGGGCUUGGAGGAGGAGAUGGAAAGGGAUCCUCGGGUAUGUGUAAUGGGGGAAGAUGUAGGGCAUUACGGAGGUUCUUACAAGGUGACGAGGGGGUUGGCAACCAAGUACGGCGAUCUCAGGGUUCUCGACACGCCAAUUUGCGAAAACUCCUUCACCGGAAUGGGAAUCGGAGCUGCAAUGACAGGACUUCGCCCCGUUGUCGAGGGAAUGAACAUGGGCUUUCUUCUUCUGGCCUUCAAUCAGAUCUCUAAUAACUGCGGGAUGCUCCACUACACGUCGGGCGGGCAGUUUACGAUACCUAUAGUGAUCCGCGGGCCUGGCGGUGUCGGCCGACAGCUCGGAGCUGAGCAUUCGCAGCGCCUUGAAUCGUAUUUCCAGUCGAUUCCCGGGAUUCAAAUGGUGGCUUGCUCGACGCCGUACAAUGCCAAAGGCUUGAUGAAGGCUGCAAUAAGGAGUGAGAAUCCCGUCAUUCUUUUUGAGCAUGUUUUGCUCUACAAUCUGAAAGAGAGGAUUCCGGACGAAGAAUAUGUAUUGAAUCUCGAGGAAGCCGAGAUGGUCAGAGCCGGCGAGGACGUCACGAUUCUAACGUAUUCGAGAAUGCGGUAUCAUGUUAUGCAGGCUGCCAAGACUCUUGUGAACAGAGGAUAUGAUCCGGAAGUCAUUGAUAUUAGAUCUUUGAAGCCGUUUGAUCUCUACACGAUCGGGAAUUCUGUGAAGAAGACGCACCGUGUUGUAAUCGUGGAGGAGUGCAUGAGAACUGGCGGGAUCGGUGCCAGCUUGACGGCUUCGAUAAAUGAAAAUUUUAACGAUUAUUUGGAUGCUGCGAUCGUGUGUUUAUCGUCGCAGGAUGUGCCGACUCCGUAUGCAGGAGCACUCGAGGAAUGGACUGUUGUUCAACCAGCGCAGAUCGUUGCUGCAGUCGAGCAGCUUUGCCUGUAGCCCUUGGCACAUAAAAUGUUUAGGUAUUUUUGUUCGACUCAUCAUCUUUGCGUUGUUGCUAGCUAGCUCUUGAAUUAUGUUUAAAAUUCUAUGAUUCGUAGAGUUGUUAUGUAUUGUUUGGUGUUUAAAUCGAAUCUGGAGGUACUUUUUCGAUCGAAUCAGAUGAACUGCAAUAUGUGAGGAGGUAUGGAUAGUUUUGAAUGGAAGAUGAUACAUUACAUUACAGAUUUAGAAGUUCCUUUCAUGUAUUCGAUCGAGUCAAAUGAACAUGGGCGUGUCUCUUAUCUCAUUACAUUAACUAUUAUUAUUACAAUACAAGUGUUGGGUGUGGAGUCCCAUGGA